AUGGCACCCAGUUUUGAUUGUGUUUCAAGCCUCCUUUGUGCAGAGGACAGCAGUGUUUUCGACGAUAGUCAUUAUGGGGGUACGAUGGAUGUGUACGAGGAUUCGUGGCGUCCUAGGUACCAUCAUGGAAGGAGCGAUGACUUUGGUUACCCAGAUGAGUUGCCAGUGCAGAGUGAUGAGUGCUUGGCGUUGAUGGUGGAAAAGGAAAGCCAACACUGGCCUGGUGCCGGUUACUUUAAUAGGCUACAGAGUGGGGAUUUGGACUUAGGGGCCAGAAAAGAGGCCAUUGAUUGGAUUGAAAAGGUCCGAUCGCAUUUUGGUUUUGGUCCUCUCUGUGCAUAUCUAUCCAUAAAUUACUUGGACCGCUUUCUUUCUGCAUAUGAAUUACCAAAGGGAAGAGCUUGGACAAUGCAAUUGAUGGCUGUGGCGUGUUUAUCUCUUGCAGCCAAAAUAGAAGAGACUGAAGUUCCUCCGUGUCUUGAUUUGCAGGUGGGUGAAUCCAGGUUUGUAUUUGAAGCUAAAACCAUACAGAGAAUGGAGCUCCUUGUACUGAGCACAUUGAAGUGGAGAAUGCAACCAAUUACUCCUUUCUCCUUCAUUGAUUAUUUCCUUUGCAAGAUCAAUGAUGAUCAAAAUUCAUUAAGAUCUUCAAUUUUGCAAUCCAUCCAACUUAUACUCAGCACUGUAAAAGGGAUUGACUUCUUGGAAUUCAAACCAUCUGAGAUUGCAGCAGCAGUGGCUAUAUCAGUUGUGGGGGGAACCAAAACAAUUGACACUGGGAAAACAAUUUCUGUUCUGAUUCAAUAUGUAGAAAAGGAGAGAUUAUUGAAGUGUGUUAACAUGAUCCGGGAGCUGUCAUCAAACAGUAACUCUGCCAAUGAUUCAAGUGUUUCUGUCCCUUGUGUGCCGCAAAGCCCAAUAGGUGUGUUGGAUGUUUUAUGCUUCAGCUACAAAAGUGAUGAAACAGAUGCUGGUUCUUGUGCAAAUUCAUCACAUAAUACCCCAGAUGCCAAAAGAAGGAAACUAAACAAAACCUGUGGAGCAGAGCUAUUGUAG